AUGGCCCUUCAUCCUCAACAGCCUCUGCAUUUUUUAAAUGUAAGAAACCAAGUACAGACUGGGCAAGUUUCCUUCAUUACAUCUCCAGGAAUCUUCCCUAACAAUCAGCUGAGUCGAGAAAAUGUGCCAAUGGUAAAUUCAGCUCCAGAAGCAGCAACAAGCAAUGUUAAAGAUGCAUCAAUAGCACUUGGGGUAAUACAAAUCACAAUUGGAUUAAUGCACAUCGGCUUUGGAGUUGUUCUCGGGUUGCUGAGCACCUCAUACAAUAUGACUUGGGUGUUUUCCUCUAUUGCUUUUACUGGUGGAUAUCCAUUCUGGGGUGGAGUCCUUUUCAUUGCUUCUGGCUCGCUUUCCAUAUCAGCAUUCAAGGAAUUCUCUCACUGUCUGGUGAAGAGCACCCUGAUUAUAAACAUUUUUAGCAUCAUCUUUGCCUUUGUUGGAGUGGUUCUGUUUCUGUGUGAUCUGAACAUCAAUGGCCACUAUUAUCAAGACUACUGGAUGGUGCUUUCUGGGAGAGGAAUUGCAGGCGUGCUGACAAUAUUUUCCUUGUUGGAAUUCAGCAUAGCAUGGGCCAUGACCUACUUUGCAUACCAAGCUAUUCUCCGAUGCAACAGAUCUGUCCCGGUUGCUCCAGCUGUGUCCGUGGCCAACCCCUUGAUGCAAGAGUCUCCCUCAGCUCCUCCUAUAUAUGACAACAUUCCCGAUUAUGCUCCUACACAGUAA